UAUUCUAACAUCUUAUUUUAUAUCUUGUAUUUACCACACUUUGUCUUUAUUAUUUUUUUCUCUUUUCCUAACUUCUAUUGAGUCAUCAGCUUUUCCUUAAUUGCUUUUCUUUUUCUCUUCUCGUGUCAUUUAUUCCUUUUCUCUCUUUAAUUCAUGAAAACCUGAUAUAUUUAUAGUGUUUUUUAGAAUUGUUUUACUAUCUCAAGUUUUAGGGGAGUGAAUCAUCCUGCUUGCUGUAUCUACUGACCCUCACUCCUAAGUGGUCAUUUUCUUAUGUAUUUUGUCAAUUUGUAUUGUAAACCCUUCAGGGAGGAUUAUUUUUCCCUGUGUGAAUCCUGUGUGACCUGAGCGGUAAGAAUUAUUCUUCUAGAACAGGUUUGUAUUUGCUUCUGCUGAGUUCCCCAGGUUUACCGCCAACCAAAAGUGAUUAUUAUAAAGAAGUUUGAGGAAAAAAAGAAGUUUGAUGAAAGCAAGCACCUACCAAAGUGAGAUAUAUGCCUUUCUCCAAAAGUGGGAUGUGUCACUCUGAAAGACUAAGAGUUUCCAUACUUCCUCCAUAUGAGGCUAGUGCUAUUUGAGUUCUUAAACACUUAAGUAUCCGCUAAAGUAGUAUUUUCCUAAAACUUCCUUUUGUUGAAAGUGGAUGUGAAAGGCCGGACUAGUCUAAGAAAUUUCACAGUUCCAAAGGACCUUGGAGAAAAGUUUGUUCUGCGUCACUUAGCUAAGGGCUGGAGAUUCCUGGAGGAAAACUUGAUUCAGCAAAUGAGAACCCAGGUUUUGAUCUCUGAGUUUUAAUUUUGAGCCCCCAUCCAAAAAAAAAAAAAAAAUUGCUGUGUUCAUUGACUUUCAAAGGGGGAAGUAUUCUUGUUUUCUGCUUUCCAGAAGUGGGUUUGGUUAGUUUUUCUUCAGAGUGAUAAAGUCCAUUGCGACAUGUUCUUGUUACUUGACAAGAGAGGAAGGAGAGCAUGUGAAUGAGACAGAAGCUGACUCCUCUUGCUCAUCAGCCCUGUGAUCCAGAUAAGCGCAGAGUGAAGGGCUGGGAGGGUCCUUGGAUGUGGCUGUAUCGCCCAAGCGAUCCUCAGUCGAGGACAUUUUGGAGGGAUUGUCACUAUCAAUGUGGGAUUUCCGAUGGCUGUCGCCAUGGCCAUUUACGUGUCUGGAGGUGUCUCCGGCGGCCACGUUAACCCAGCCGUGUCUUUUGCAAUGUGUCUCUUUGGACGGAUGAAAUGGUUCAAAUUGCCUUUUUAUGUGGCAGCCCAGUUCUUGGGAGCCUUCCUGGGGGCUGCAACCCUCUUUGGCAUUUACUACGAUGGACUUAUGUCCUUUGCUGGCGGACAACUGCUCGUAGAGGGAGAAAACGCAACAGCACACAUUUUUGCGACAUACCCAGCUCCGUACCUGUCUCUGACGAAUGCAUUUGCAGACCAAGUGGUGGCUACCACAUUCCUCCUCGUGGUUGUCUUUGCCAUUUUUGACUCCAGAAACAUGGCGGUCCCCAGAGGCCUAGUGCCUCUUGUCAUCGGCCUCCUGAUUGUUGUCAUUGCUUCCUCUUUGGGACUGAACAGUGGCUGUGCCAUGAACCCGGCUCGAGACCUGAGUCCCAGACUGUUCACAGCUUUGGCUGGAUGGGGGACUGACGUCUUCACAGCUGGAAAUAACUUCUGGUGGAUUCCAGUAGUGGGCCCUAUGGUUGGCUCCAUCUUUGGAGGACUCAUCUAUGUCCUUGUCAUUGAAAUCCACCACCCAGACCCUGACUCGGGCCUCAAGGCGGAGCCAUCAGAGGACAAGGCAGAGCCAUUGGAGGACAAAGCAGAGAAAUACGAACUCAGCGCAGUGAUGUAGCUGGUGCUCACUUCUUGACUUGUAACUGGCAGCGCUGGUCAUCUCUUCAGGAAAGAUGGCAUCCAUAGGUCUGUGCUUUCAUAAGACGGGGGUGGAAUCUGCACAAUUUUCUCUGCUAGUCAUGUGGGUCAACUGAUUGGAAAAGCAUCAGAGUAAAGGUUUGAAAUCACUGAUCUCUUCUCUGCCAGACUUCCCCCCAAAUAACACAGAUUGUCCACCGAGUCAGCCCACCUCCCUGCCCUUUUUACUCCUCUGGUAGGAAUUCUUAUUCCUGGGUGAGGAGUAAUACCUUGGAACCUUCACCACGGAGUUACCUGGAACCUUGACCAUGGAUUUGGAUGGUCUCUGCUGCUACCUUUAUGAAAAAUUGCCACCAAAAUCUUAUUCCAAUAUCCACAAAGAUUACACUCUGAGUGCCAACCAAAACCUAAAUUAAAAGAUAAAACCAUGGUUUCAAUUAACAUAUCCAUGAGUUGGGAGCUAAUGGAUUAAUGCCCUUGCUCUGUUGUGCCACUGUAUUUAUAUAAAUAUGAAUAUUCUCCAAAUCUAGGGAUAUAGGAAGCGGUAGAACACAGCUGGAAAACCAGGAGGAGGACAUUGUGGCACUCAGAAACCAGGAGACAAGAUAAAUUUGGGAAACCAAAAAGAAUGUUUUUAAUGGACACCAUUUAUCAGAUUCAUCUCUUGGUCUGCUGCAUUUUAGAGGGCGCUGAUUAAUUUCCUGGUCUUUAGCAUAUAAUAGCCUAAAGUACAAUUAUAACCUCAGACAUGAAAACUACAUCACUCUGAUUUUUACCUCAAAUGUCUUUCCUAGUUGCCCACUUGGCGGCAGACAUUGGCAAGUGGAGUCAAUGGCUGUAUUCCUCUGUUAUUCUCCAUACGUUCCAGAAGUAAAAACAGAUGCUGUCCCAUCCUGGUCUAAGCUAGUCCUCAGGAUGGAGUCCCUGGAGAUGUAAUGUUACUCUAAUGAGCUUUACAAUUCACAGAGCACUUUCAUUCAUAUCACCUAAUUAAAUCCUUCCAUGACUUCCUGAGGUAAAUACCAUGCUGCCCAUUUUUCAAAUGAGGAAACAGAAUCUCAGGGAAGCUAUGUGAACUGCCUGAGGUCACAAGGAAGGUUGAACGGUGGUUAGUGCAUCCCGUUCAGGAGAUCCAUACUUGGCUAAGAAUCUUUAUCAACCCUCCUUGGCUGACAACAAAAAGUGGGACUGACAGCUGCUAGAGUGUUUCUACCUUCUGGAAACAAUGCUCCUGAACCCCAAUAUACAAAGACCCCCAUACCCUCAUAGUCUGGUUUCAUUCUUGCUGUUACUAUAGCAGUAACAAGGGAAAGAGGUAGCAAUCUGAUCAUACUUUUCAUCUGCUGGGAAAAUGAUCAGAAAUCCUCCCUUCCUAGGUGACCCCUGUUCUUGCUAAGUCUUAAUCUUCCUUCCCUGCCAAACCGAAAUAUUCCAUUCCAGAAUUUCCUCUUGGGCAGGAUCUUCUCUGUGAAGUUCUCUAACUGACUAAAUUCUCUAAUUACUCUGCUUUGGUCAAGAAAGUCUCUGUGAGUUACGAAUACCAGAACUUGGGACAAAACCGCCUGAGAGCUGUGGGAAAUUGCUUUACAAGUGGCAUACCUCAGCCAACCUGAGCCCAGUGUUCCUGGAGCCAUCCACAUCCCCAACUGCUUUGUGAUAACAGACCAAUGAAAAGCAAAUGUGAAAUGUCUCCAACAGACCUAUAUUUCCUUUUUGAAAUAAAAUUAUUGCUUUUUUUUGAGUAUUUUUAAGUAUUAAGACUGUUCAGAGAGUGUCUACCCUGUCUACAAAUUAGAAUCUCCUGGGUAGGUUUUAAAAUAUACUAAUGCCCAGGGGGUCCUUUGUAAACAUCUCAUAUGACUCUAAUGUGCAGAUUUGGUUGAAUCACGUGGGUCAAAGCAUCUUUUGAGAACCAUUUUGGGUGGCAACCAGGUAAUUCCCAGUGGGAUUCUCAGAGCCUUGGGCUCCUCAUGAAUUAGAGCAGGAAUUCUCAAGAGGGGCAAUCCCUCCCUCCUCCCAGGGGACACAUGGCAGUAUCUGGAAACAGUUUUGAUUGUCACAACUGGGGUGGGGGGGCAGGUGAUGCUACUGACGUUUAGUGGGUAAAUGUUGCUGAACAUUGUAUAAUACACAGGACAGCCGCUGACAACAAAGACUUCGCUGGCCUAAAAUGUCAACAGUGCCAAGGUUGAGAGACUAUGGAUUUGAGGAAAGCUGAGGAGAGGACCAAGAGAAGACACUAAAACCCUAUGCUUAGAUUCAAGCCCUGCCAGGAGCUGAGAUGCCAAACCAGUCCAGAGCAGACCCUGUGGGUGGGUUGCAAUCCUUAGAGAAGAGGCAAUCCAAUCUUUGGUCCACACAGGUGCUCAUUAAACACUACUUGAUGAUUUAUGACUGGGAUUAGGAAGAGGAAAUGUGCACUUAUGGAAAUGAGUCCUAGGAAGAGACCUUUAAAAUGAAAAAAAGGUCCUUCUGCUCCAGGUGCCCACAUACUACUUCCUGCCUCCCCCUCAACAUGCUGUCAGAUUCUCACCCAGGAGAAUGUUUAUGAGGCUGAAUUACCCACUUCAGAGGCUGAUUAGAUAGAGCCAACAAACCUAUUUUUUAAAUAGAUCUUCCAAGAUUUCAUAUUUUAAGUUCUCCCUCCCUCCCCCUUGUCAAUUGAAAAACUUGAUAGGAGUAUUUCUCAUAAUGCAAAAAAAUAGAAUUUUUGUAUGGUUCCCCUAACUAUUUAAGAUACCAGAGCAUGCAGGAGGCUGUAGAACUUUUCUAAACAGUGACACCAGAGUCCAUAUUCAGCUGUUGAACAGGGUAAGCAGAGUAAAAUUGUCACAUUUAAAAUCUGAUCCUUAAAAUAUAAAUGGGCAUUUCCUUUACACACACACAGUUGUCUUACUUUAAAGUGUGUCAGUGCUCAAAAAUACUGUGGUGAAAAGAGAAUUACAACAUCCAGUUAUAGAGAAUGGCUUGUAAAUUUCAUCUAGCUGCUAAGCCUACCGUUUAAAUAAAAUCAUGUGUGGUGCCCACAAGAAAAUCGGAGCUGCUAGGAAAGAGUGGGUGAGGUGGGGGCCAGAGUCUCCUGCUUAUGACAUGAUCUUGCCCCCACCCCAUGCAGCCCCUGAGCUGUCUCUGAAGAGAAACUGGGUGGGGAGGGGAUCUUCAGGACAGAGUUGCACAAUUUGAAACCCUGAUAAAGGACUUGGGGCAUGUUGUUGAUGAACAUUUUUGUAAAAAUUUCACAGAUAGACCCUACCAAAGACCGUAUUAGUUCAAACUCAGGCAAUCUUCUGAAGUCUUAACAAAUUAAUUAGGCAAGUUAAACAGAAUUAGUCAACCCGCCGAGCAUCAUUAAAGGAUGUUUUAUAUCCAUUCUUCACCUGAGAAUACGUGUUCUCUGAGAUGGCAGGUGUGGAGAGAAGCAAUGUCAGACUCGCUGCAUUGACUCCCUAAGUCUCUGCAAAAAUAAUACAUAGGUAGGUGGAUAGGUAGAUAGACAGACAGAUAAAUAGACAGACAGAUAGAUCAAGCUCCAAUAUCUCUCUAAAAGACUUGCUAGAAAGGGGGUAGCUGUUAUCCAAGAGAAGCUGUCCAUGGACUAAUGAGAGAAGGAGGGCCCCCAUAUAUACAGGUCAUGAAUCCAAAAAACUCAGUUGCUAUCCAGUUGAUUCCGACUCAUAAUGAUCCACCGUCUGUCAGAGUAGAAAUGUGCUCCACAGGAUUUUCUGUAGCUGACUUUUUGGAUGUAGAUCUCCAGACCUUUCUUCCAAGGUGCCUCUGGGUGGACUUGAACCUACAACUUUUCACUUGGCAGCUGAGCACAUUAAUCAUUUGACUUCCGGUGCUAAACCCGGGACGAGCUUGUCACCUGCAUCUGAGACAAGUCCUCCCAGGAUGAUGCUCUCCCUCAGGCUACGAUCCACCAGCAGAUCAAAUGUUCUCUGUUUAACUUCCAGAAAGGAAGAACUUCUUCAUUUUUAGUUUCAAACUACUACAAAUGUUAAUAAAUGUUUUAAGAGUGGCACAGCCGUUAAGAGCAUGUUGCUGUUACUUGCUAUUGAGUCGACACCGACUCAUGGUGGUCCCACGUAUAACAGAACAAAAUGUUAUCCAGUCCUCACCUAGGCUACUCGUUAAAAUCCUGUCAAAGUAUAUUCUCAGUCCACCCUCCUCUCACCAACCAAAUCCUGGUCUAAGCCAUUAUCAUCUCUCACCUGAGUGUUAGAAAAGUCUCCGGACGGGCCUCUCUGCCUUACCUGCUUGCAACACUGUACAGCCUGUUAGCAACACAGCAGCCUCCAUGAUCCUUAGGUAAGGUCUUGCUGCAGCUCAAGACCCUCUAGUGACUCCUGCCCCACUCAGAGUAAAUGCCCAAAAGGCCCCUAUGAUGGUUAAUGAUAUACGUCAACUUGGCUAGGCUAUGAUUCUCAGUGGUUUGGCCAGACACUGGACUGGUUGCUAUUCCUUAAUGUAAGGUAAGGUAACGUAACAUAAUGUAAUCACUUUCCAUGGUGUGAUCUGAUGUGAUCAACCAGUCAGUUGAAAGGAAAGUUUCCUUGGGAGUGUUGUCUGCCCCCGGUAUACAAAUGGAUAUUCUGGAAUAGCUCAAUCUCUCUCUCUCUUUUGACCCUGUGCACUUCUCAUUGCCUGACCUGCAGAACUUGGGACUUAAACCUGCAGAAGUCUCUGGCCUGCCACUUGACCUAUGGAUUUUGGCUCUGCCAGCUCCACAAUUGCCUGAGCCAAUCCCUUGAAGUACACCUACCGCCUACCUCUGUCUGUCUAUGUCUCACUGGUUUUGCUCCUCUACGGAACCCACAGCACCAUCUGCCCUGACCCCCCUGGACUCAUCCCUACGGCUCUCCCCCUUGUCCUCCCAGCUCCAGCCACACGGGCCUCCUUCAGAUCUUUGGACCCACCAAGCAAGCUCCUACCACAGAGCUUUUGCACUUGAUGUUUCUCUUGCCUGAAAUCCUUUACCCCACCUCCUCCUCCAGGUCUCUGCUCAGACGCUUCCAUUAUUACUUGCACUUUUCUGACCACCCUGUCACUCCUUGUCCAAUUCCUUGCUUUAUUUUCUCCACAUCACUUAACACCAUCACUAAAAUACACAAAUCAUAUGUUACGUUUGCUGGGUUUUGUCUAUUUCCUCCCAGUGGAAUAAGAACCCCUGGAAGGUGGCAGCUGCUCAACAAUAAGUAUGUGUUGAGUGAAUGAAUGAACGGAUUCUAGAGUCAGACUCUGUUCAGAUCCUGUUUCCUCUGCUUGCUAGCACAGUAGCAAAGUCACUUAGCCUCAGUUUACUCAUCUAUUAAAUGGGGAUAAUAAAAGUGAGUUAGUCAAUGUAAAGCUUUUAGAACAAUUCCAAGCUCAUAGUGUAUACUCUAUAAAUAUGAACUUUUAUUGCUGCUGUUGUUGUUAUUACUAAUGCCAUUAUAAUAUGUUAUAGCUUAAAAACAUGCAACAGGUUCAUCAGAAUUUGGUUAUAAAUAGCUCUCCCCUUACUCUCCAUAGUUUAAUAGCUCCGGCUUUCACGUACCUUUCAGGAACUGUAUUUUAAAUACCUAAGGAUUCAGUAAUAUUUUUGAAUCUUUAAUGAUGUCAGUGGGAUUGCCUUAAUUUUUUCUUAUUAUGGAGGAUUUCUUAAAUAUACAAUUAUAGAGAGAAUUGAGCCCUGGUGGCACGGUGGUCAAGAGCUUGGCUGCUAACCAAAAGGUUGGCAAUUCAAAUCCACCAGCUGCUCCUUAGAAACCCUGUGGGGCAGUUCUACUUUGUCUCAUAGGGUCGCUAUGAGUAGGAAUCAGCUGAACUACUAACUGAAAGGUUGUCAGUUCAAGCCUUCCCAGAGGCGCAUUGAAAGUAAGGCCCUCAAUUCCCUGAAAAAGAAGUCCUGGAGGAAGUCAUAGCCUUGAAGACCCUAUGGGGCGUUCUACUCUGCAUCUACGGGGUCGCCAUGAAUUGGAAUCGAAUUAACAGAAACAAUUCAUUUAUUCUUACUUAAGUCCUUUGAAAAUAUAAAGUAUUUUGAAAUCAGGAUAAUACAAGCUAAUGCAGAAGUGGUGCAAUACAUCCAGGUCCCAAACUUUGCAUGAAGGACAAAGCCACCUGCUGAACCACCUCUGUCCAUAGGGGAUCUUGAUGGCCUUCAGCUGGCUGCUGUCACAUGGUAGUGUUCUGAAAAUUAGACACCGAUCUCAUAGAUGAUAUAGUUAUAACCAAAAGACACCUCUGUGUAUCACAGAGAAGAGAGGCUGUGCACUGCCCAUCCCGGAGCCUGGAACCAGAGACAAGGGAUUGAUGUUUGUUGCUGAACCAAGGACUUUUAGGAGAACCUGGGUGAGACUGUGAAGGAAGCCUGUGUGCACACGUGUUGGAGACUGUGUGGCUAGUGCUUGAGAGCUUAAGGCCUAGAGACUGCCAGAUUGACUUUCCCCCACCUCUGAAUAGCUGUGUGACCCUCUAAACCUCAGUGUCCUCAUCCAUAAUGUGGGAAUGAUACCAGCACAUGCUUUCUUGUGUUGUUGGAAAUAUUGAGAAAAUGCCUGUGAAAUACUUCACACAGUGCUUGGAAUUUAAUUCCAUCUCAAUAAGUGUCAGCUAUUCACAUGCUCGCCUGCUCACUGUAAAGUUGGCUGUUUGAGUUCACCCAGAGGCACCUGGUGAUCUACUUGUGAAAAACCAACUAUUGAAAACCCUGUGGAGCACAGUUCUACUCUGACACACAUGGGGUCUCCAUGAGUCGGAGCUGAAUCCACGACCACUGGUGGUGGUGGAAUCCUAUUAUUUUUUCACAUUUACAGAUUCAGCUGUCUAUUCUGCUUUGCUUACAUAUAAGAAUUUGAAGCCGAAGAAAAAUGUCCUGGCAUAUAAAUUUGCUGGCACUUGACUAAUCCUAUUCCUACGACUGGCUUAGAUUUGACUGUUCUCUUAAUAUACUUGAGGCCCAACAAAUCUGCACAGGGCCAUGUUUAGUUCAUAAAUUUCAGAGUUCAGCAUUGAUAAAAAUAAAAAAUUAAUGAAAUUAUUUAGUUGCCUAAUGGAGCUACCAAAGUAAUCCAAAAAAUCUAACAAAAAUUAAAUAAAAGACGAUUUGCAGAGUUUAUGCAAUUCCAGGCAAAAUUUCCGCAGGACCCCCCCCUUCCCUUGGGAGAAAGUGACAAACUGAUUCUAAAAUUUAUACGGAAAUGCUAAGGAACUAGAGGGACCAAAACAAACUUGAAAGAGAAGAACAAAAUUGGAGGGCGAAGUCUAUCUAAUUUCAAGACGUUCCACAAAGACGUGAUAAUCAGUACAAUGUACUAUUGGCACAAGGAAGGACAAAGAGAUCAAUGGAAAGGAAGAGAGAAUAAAGAAUUUGACUCAUACUUAUUCAGUAAGUUUAUUGUCAAUAAGAGACAAUGCAAUAUCAUAGGGAAAGGAAAGUGUUUUCGACAAAUGAUACUGAGCAACUAGACUCCUACUUCACACCAACACAAUACACAAAAACUAAUCCUGUGUGAAAUACAGACUUCAGCAUAAAGUCAACUAUGAAGUCUCUAGAAAAGAAACAUGGAAGAAUAUAUUUUCGACUUUGGGUUGGUAAAGAUUUCUUAGAAUAAGAACACAAAUCAUUAAAAAAUUGAUUAAUUGGACUUCCACAAAAUUUAAAAUGUCCACCCAUUACAGAUAUUCUUAAGAAAAUGAAUGGGCAAGCCACAGAAUGGGGAAAACAAAAUUUGCAAUAUCUACAUCUAACAAAGGACUGGCAUCCAGCGUAUAUAAAAUACUCCUCCUGCUCAAUUAAAAAAAAUCAAAACAAAAAGACAUACAUAUCAAUGGAACAGAAUUGAGAGUUCAGAAAUAAGCCUUCACAUUUACCACCAGUUGAUUUUCGACAAGAGUGCCAAGAUAAUUCUAUGAGGGAAGAACAGACUUGUCAACAAACAGUGCUGGGACAAAUGUAUACCCACAUGCGAAAAAAUGAACUUGACCCACACCUGACACCAAACAAUGAAAUCAAAUCAUGAUGGAUCAAAGACCUAAAUGUCAGAGCUAAAAUUAUAACAUCCUUAGAAAAACACGUAGGCGUAAAUCUUCCUGGCCUUGGAUUUGGCAAUAGUUUCUUAGAUGUGACAACAAAGCACAAACAACAAAAGAAAAUAAUAGAUAAAUUGGACUUCAUCAAAUUAAAAACUUUAAUGAUUCAAAAGAUACCGUGAAGAAAGUAAAAAGCCAAUGCACAGAAUGGGAGAAAACAUUUGCAAAUCAUAUAUCUGAUAAAGGACUUGCAUUCAGAAUGUAUAUAAAAAAAAGCUUACAGCAAAACAACAAAAAGACAACCCAAGUUAAGAAGGGGCAAAGUACUUGAAUAGACAUUCAUCCAAAGAAUAUUUACAAAUGGCCAAUAGACACAUGGAAAGAUGUUCAACAUCAUUAGUCAUUAAAACCAAAAAAACAAACCCAUUGCCGUUGAGUCCAUUCUAACUCACAAAGACCUUAUAGGGUGGGGUAGAACUGCUCCAUAGCAUUUCCAAAGCUGUAAAUCUUUACAGAAUCAAACUGCCACAUCUUUCUCCCGUGGAGCAGCUGUUGGGUUUGAACCGCUGAACUUCUAGUCAGCAGCCAAUCACCUAACCACUGCAUCACCAGAACUCCUUUCUUCAGUCAUUAAAACAAAAAAAAGCUUGCUGCCAUCAAGCCGAUUCCGACUUAUAGUGACCCUACAGGACAGAAUAGAACUGUCCCACAGGUUUUCCAAGGAGCAGCUGCUGGAUUCCAGCUGCUGACCUUUUAGUUAGCAGCUGAUCUCUUAGCCACUGCACCACUGAGGCUCCUCUUUAGUCAUUACGGAGAUGCAAAUCAAAACCAGAAUGAGAUAUGACUUCACACCUACUCAGAUGGUUAUAAUAAAAAACGCUGACAAAAACAAGAGUUGGUGAGGAUGUGGAGAAAUUGGAUCCCUCGUGCAUUACUGGUGGGAAUAUAAAAUGGUGCAGCAGCUUUGGAAAACAGUUCCUCAAUAAUUAAGCAUAGAGUUAGCAUAUGAUCCAGCAAUUCCACUCCUAGGUCUAUACCCAGGAUAAUUGAAAACCUAUGACCACACAAAAAACGUGUCCAUGCAAGUUCAUAGCAGCGUUGCUUGUAACUGGCAAAAGGUGAAGACUACCCAAGUGUGCAUCAACUGAUGAAUAGGUAAACAAAAUGUGGCUUAUCUCCAUGCAGUGAAAUAUUAUUCAGUCGUAAAAAGAAAUGAAGGGCUGAUACAUGCUACAACUGAGAUGAGCCUUAGGGACAUUAUGCUAAGUGAAAGAAGCCAGACACAAAAGUCCACAUAUUAUAUGAUUCCUUAUAUAUGAAAUGUCCAGAAUAGGCAAAUCCACUGAGACACAAAGUAGAUUAGUGGUUGCCAAGGGCUGAGGGAGGGUGGCUAACAGGUACGGGUUUCUUUCGAUGGUGAUGAAAAUGUUCUGGAAUUAGAUAGUGAUGAUGGUUACACAAGUCAGGAUAUACUAAAGCCCCUCAAUUGUACACUCUAAAAGGGCGAAUUUUAUGAUAUGUGAAUUAUUCCUCAAUUUAAAAAAAGAAUAUUAUGGCCAUUUGGAGGACAAUCUGGAAGCACUUAGUGUAAUUUAGUAUGUGUAGUGUUUUUUAUCCCUGUAACUCAGCAAUCUUGCUCCUAUCUAUACAGUUCCGAUAACCAGAUCCAUAUGGGCAUAUGCAUGGUGAUGUUUAUUGUGUUGUUUUUGGAAGCAGGAUCUUAGAGGCAGCCCAGGUCCAUCACUAGAGGAAUAGAUAAAUGAAACAUGGAGGACGCAUACUAUGGAACACCAUGCAGCAGUUAGCGGCACCAAGGCAGAUGGCCAUGCAACGCCAUAAAUAGAUCAUAGAAACAGUGAUGAAUAAAAAAAGAAAAAAAAUUUAAGUAAGAAGCAGAACAAGACCUAAAGCAGUUAUAGAAAUUAGAAAUAUAUAAAUAGAAUAUAUUCUUUACCAAGAACACAGUGUCUUAGAACAACUACCGGUAAUGGUGGGUGAGGCCUGGGAAUGAAGACUUAGGAUGGAGGGAGAAAAUAAUAAAAUAAAAUAGCACCAAAGCUGAGCACGUGCAAAUGGUGAUAAUGUACCAUGACUCUGCCCUAGAGGCCAAGGAAAGAAAGAGAUGGAGGAGAAAAAAGGAACUAGAGAGGGGGGGAGGGAAGGAAGAAAGGAGAAAGAAGCUAGAUCAGAAAGACACACUCCAAAAUUUCAAUAUGGAUUGCCUCCAGGAGGUGGGAUUGUGGUGGGGUUUAUUUCUCCCAUCUGUUUUUAAUUUCUAAAAAUUUGUCUCAUUUUUCUAGUUUUAAAAGUUUAAGAAAUGACAAGAGACUUGGGCAGCCUUUGAGUGAUGUCUAGGGGCAUCUUGAUGCCAAUGACAGCUGAAGAAUUAUAAAUACCCAGUAGUAUUCCCUUAGGUCAUUUAAGUGGAUUAAAAAUGGCUAUCCUACAGAGGGUAGCCCAUCACUGCCUUGCUCCAUUCUUAUCAUAUCUCUUCUACCCUUAAAUUACUGAGUACUCAGAGAGUCACUGAUGACCUGGAUCCCACAUAGCUAUAGUUGAAACUGUCAUCUUGAGGAAGGAAGAGUAUCUGAUGAGCUUCUGACAAGCCUUACAAUAAGGCCAUCUCUCAAAAGAUAGAAACUAGCAGGAAAAGGCCCCCUUGGGAUUUAAUUUAAGACCAGCAGGAAGAACUGGAUGGGAUGAACAAGUGUCAGAAAUCUUGGAAAUUCUCUGCAGGACAUCUUAGUACCUCGCUUGGCUUUCUGCCAGGGCAGCCUAGUACCUUACAUGCCUGGCACCACCUAACACUACUCAGACUCAACUCAGUCUCAGGAUCUGGAACCAUGGAUUUUAGAGGUGGAUGGUAGGAAUUCUGGUUUCGGCAGCUUCUGGUGGCUCUAUGACUUGGUACCCAGGUCCUUGCAGCCAUGAUUCUACUUUUUCCCCUUCCUGGUAUCUUGUUUCUCCUGAGACUCAGGUGCUCCAAGUCCUGCUCCCUAACCCUGGGUCCUGUGACUUCCUAUGUUGGCUAGUUUUCUACACCAUUCUCGCAGAGCUGAAUGACUUCUAGGCUGGGUCUAACCCAAUCCUGAUGAUGACAGACCUAUGCAAAAUAUGGCACGUGAGACUUAAAAGCCAAGAGAAGCAUCACAAGUGGCCCCAGUGUGGCUAUCUGAUGCUAGUGGGAGCCCCAAAGGAGCUGAGCCAUGCCAAACAUGUGAGGACCACGAUAGGUGCGUGUCAGGUGUGGGUGUGGGGACACAUUUUAAACACUGUUUCCAUCCAGAAGAACCAAAAAAGGGAUAAGCCCACAGGUUUGGGCAGAUGGUCUACUUUGACAGAUGGCAGGCAGAAAGCAGCACUAUUUUUAUUUUUGCUAUAUUCCUCGACACAGUGCCAGAAGAUUAGGGCUAGGCAUAUGUUAUUCAAAUUUCCAAAAGGAAAAGAAGUCAGUUUUAGAAAGUACAGAUUGAGUAACAACUUAUCAUAACAACAAUUAAAUGAACAACAAAUAAAAACCAGCAUGUAUUGAGUGUUUACUAUAUGCCAGGAACAGUGUUUAGUGCUCUUCAUACAUUAUCUCAUUUUAAUCAUCACAUCAAAACCCAUGAAGAAAGUAUUGUCCUCAUUUUGCAGAUGAGGAAAGUGAGGCUCUGAGAAAUUGAGUAGCUUGCCUUAGUUCACAAUGAAAAUAGCCAGGUUUUUAACCCACAUAUGCCUGACUACCAAACUGUGCUUCUCAAAUUCUAAAAGAAAUUAAUCAUGAUCACGUAUGAAUAACGAAGGCCAAAGAGUUGAUGCCUUUGAAUUGGCGUUGGUGAAGAAUAUUGAAUAUACCAUGGACUGCCAUAAGAACCAACAAAUCUGUCUUGAAAGAAGUACAGCCAGAAUGCUCCUUAGAAGCAAGGAUGGCAAGACUUCAUCUCACAUACUUUGGACAUGUUAUCAGGAAGGACCAGUCCCUGGAGAAGGACAUCAUACUUGGUAAAGUAGGGGGCAGAGAAAGAGAUGGAGACCCUCAACAAGAUGGACUGACCCAGUGGCUUUAAUAAUGGGCUCACAAGGAUGGUGCAGGACCAGGCAGUAUUUUGUUGUUGUGCAUGGGGUCAUUAUGAGUCAGAACCAACUUUACAGCACCUAACAACAACAAUGUGUAUUCAAUUCAAUUCAAGAAAGUGUAUUCCAUGAGUUUACCAACAGCCAGCCCUGCCAAAUUAAAUUGCAACCACCUUAUUGGAGAGGGUUACUCUGAAAGUUGAGAAAAAGGCUAUAGACCAAACAUUGUUGUGAUCGUUAGUUGCCAUCAACUCGCUUCUGACUUAGGCACCUUUAUGUAUAACAGAAUGAAACAUUGCCCAGUCCUGUGCCAUCUUCAGUGAUUGUUCUAAUGUUUGAGUCCGUUGUUGUGGCUCUUGUGUUAAUCCACCUCAUUGAGGGUUUCCCUCGUUUUCGAUGACCUUCUAUUUUACUAAACAAGAUGUUCUUUUCUAGUAACUGGUCUUUUCUGAUGAUGUGUCCAAAAUAAGUGAGCCAAAGUCUCACCAUUCUCACUUCCAAGGAGCAUUCUGGGUUUCAUAAACUAAAUGUGCCUUGACUUUAAUAAGGCAAUGUCUCCAUAAUGCCACUAUGGGCCAAAUGAGGAAAGCAGCAUGGUAGACAUCAGAGUUGGACGGAUGUGAAGCUAGAAUGAUCAUCCCCCACAAGUGUUGCUCUGUCAAUGAGACAAAGCCACCCUCAGAGGGGUGUCUAAGAGCCCUCCCAAAGCACUCUGCCCUCAUCAACAAUACCAUGAAAAAUGCAUGGCAUGUUUAUCAAUUUGCACAGAACACAUGGGUAAUUGUUAUGCUGGAUGAAAGGUUUAGAGAGAUUUUUAGCUGAAGUGACCAUUUCCUGGAAACCCUGGUGCUACAUCUGCUAACCAAAGGGUUGGCAGUUCAAAUCCACCAAGGGCUCCUUGGACACCCCAUGGGGCAGUUCUACUCUGGCCUGUAGGGUCACUAUGAGUCGGAAUCGGCUAGAUGGCAAUGGGUUUUGGACAUUUCCUGAAAAUGUUGCUCAAUUAAUACAUAUCAAAACUGCUCAAAGGGAGGGCUUUAGUGCCCUGCCAAAGGUUUCUGAACUUGCCUGGUCCUAUUCAACAAUUUUGUCAGUUAUUUGAAUAAAAUAUAUAUGGUGUGUUUGUCAAAUUGCAGAGGACACAGGAAUAAUUAUAACACUGGAUGACAGAACUAAAAAAUUUUAAAAAUCUCAUCAAGAUGGAAUGAUGAGUCACAACAGACAAGAUGAAAAUUAUCAAGAAAAAUAAAAUACAAUCCUUUAUUUAGGUUCAUAACUUCAUUUAAAAAUAAAUUGGGAGAAGCAGCCGAACAGCAGUCUUAUGAAAGAUGCCAGUGGUUGAUGCUGGCUGCACAUUUAAUCUGAUGACAUGAUUGCUAAAUACUAAUGAAAUCCAGGGCUGUGUUGUUACAACUUUGUCAGGAUAAACAAUGGCAUCAUUCCUUCAACCCUUAACGUUGUUGUUGUUAUGUGCCUUGAGUCACCUUUGAGUCACUGAGACCCUAUGCGACAGAGUAGAGCUACCCCAUAGAGUUUUCUCGGCUGUAAUCUUUACAGAAGCAGAUCUCCAGGUCUUUCUCCCAUGGAGAUGCUGGAUGGGUUCAAACUUGCAAAUUUUCAUUUAGCAGCCAAGUGCUUAACCACUGUGCCACCAAGGCUCCUUUCCUUAGCAUUAGACAGACCAAUUUUGGUUCUGGGGAUACUACUCAGUUAUUUAUUGAUACAUAACAACCACUUCAAACUUGAGGAAAAAUGUAAUCAGUUGCUGUUGGGUCAACUCCAACUCAUGAUGACCCCAUGUGUGUCAGAGUAGAACAGUGCUCCAUAGAAUUUUCAAUGGCUGGUUUUUUGGAGGUAUCAUCAGACCUUUCUUACGAGGCACCCUUGGGUGGACUCGAACCUCCAAUCUUUUGGUUAGCAGCUAAGCAUGUUAACGGUUUGCAUGUUAACCAUUAAAAAACAAUGUAUUAUUGAUUCUGAGUUUUGACUGGGCUCAGCUGGGUUGUUCUUCUCUUGGUCUUGCAUGGAGUCUCUUGGAAUUGCAGUCGGUUGGCAGCUGAGGCUGAAGGACUCUGGAGGCCCAUGGGCUGGAACAUCCAAGAUGACUUCCUCACUCACAUGUAUGACAACUCAGUUCUCCAUGUGACCUCUUUUUCCAUGUGGCCUCUCCUCUCCUGGGACCUUUCCAUGAGAUCUCUCUCUCCAGCAAGGCAGCCAGACAUUUUACAUGGUGGCUAGUGUCCAAGAGCACAAAGAUCGAAGUUGUCAGGCUUUCUUAAGGCUUAGGACCAGAACUGGCACAGGGUCACUUCUGCCGUAUUCUAUGUAAGUCAGAGGUUUGGUUUCAGGGGCCAUCAGGGUUAUAAUGAGUUUUGUUCUAAAAUCCUGUCUAACAAGAAAGACUUAAAUAAAUUGAAGAUCUUUAGCCCAAACUGAUGUUUUAUGGCUUCACAAGAGCCAUUUUCAAGUUCCUGGAGGGCUUUAUGUGUAGAAUAGUGCUUAUAUAGAUCCUGAAUAGGUCCAGGGAACAAAGUUAGGACUAAAGGAGAGUUUCCACUCAAUAGCUAAGUAUCUGAUUGUCAGGGGUAUGGUAAGACGUUUCUGUUUGGGUAGGAAGUCACGCUAGAUAGCUUCUAAGUCCCCUUUCAACUUUCAAAAUCUAAGCAUCUAAUUGUGUGCUUCUUCCUUCUGUUAAUUAUUUCAUGAUAUAUCAGCCAUAUCUCCUCAGCUAGAUUUUAAACUGUAGAAGCUAAAUAAAGGAAUAGAAAGACCCCUGGACUAAUUUCUACAUAUAGCGCUGCCAGAGCGCUGGGUAAAUCACUUAAUGGUCCUGGGCCUCAGUUUCUUCAUAUGGAAAAUCAGGGUAUUGGAUUCUAACCUCCCUCCCUGUGCAAAGUAAGGAUAAUGAACAGUAACUUCCACAGGGUUACUUUAAGGAGAAAAUGGAAAUAAAAGUAAAGUGCUUAAGACAGUGCCUGGCCCAUUGUCAGUCCUAAAUAAAUAUUAACUCUCAUUAUUUUCAAGAUUAUUAUUAUUAUAACAUUUUAUGAUUCUCUGAUUAUGGUGUGUACAAUAGAAUCUUGAGUUACUUUAGACCUUCACUUCUUUUGCUCUGCUUAGUGGUAGUCAAAAAUUCAUCGCUAGUCUUAGCUCUCCUCACCAGGUGACCAGGAGCCCACCGUGACUUGGUACAGGACGAGCCCUUGAUAAGUAGUUGAAUUACAUCGGAAGUGGCCUGGACAGCCAACCUCUUGCUUAUGCCCAGCAGAGGGAGCACAAGAAAAGGCACAAAUCCUUUCUCAGAGUAGGUACCCAACGCAGAGGAAACCAGAAGGACAGGGGUGUUUAGAGGUCUCCUCACUCACCAUCCUCAUUGUGCAGAUGAUGAAACUGAAGCCAGAAGAGGAAUGGGGAUUUCCCAAGGUCACCAAGUAAUAAGCGGUAACGCCCUUGGGCAGACAAGCCUGUAUUCUCAAUCCUAGCUCUUGGAACUUUUGCCUCAUGGUACUUUUUAUACUACCAUGUUGCUUUCUUGCUUUUCAAGGGAAUUCACUGUAGAUACCUACAACCUUACAUUCUCUUUUGCCUCAGUUAUCUGGCAGCGUGAGCUUUGGUUUGAAUCCUGGCUCUGCUCUUUUUUAACUGUGUGACCUUGGGUGAGUUGCAUGGCCUCUCUGAGCUUCAGAAUCAUAUCUCUAAAGUGGUUAUGAUAACUACACUUAUCUCAAAGAGUUGUUGGGAGGAGUAAAUGAAAUAAUGUUAUGAAAAAUGCCUUGUAAGGCACUCUGGGUGCCCUGGGUACUUUACAAAUACCUAUCCUAGUCAACAGAAAUUGUUUCACCUAAAUGAAUUGAAACUGUAUAAUAUAGGUCUCAAACUCAAAUGCUUUCAGGAGCCAGCAGUUUGAAUAAAGCUGCAUGUAAGACAACAGAGACUGGUAGGGACUGUGACAAACCACAGAGUUAAUGGCCAUGGGAGACAUUGUCAAGCUUUACCAUGAGGAAAUCCAAGACCAGUGUUGCCAGGUCUUCCAAUUGUCAAGGGAAAUCGGUAAUUCAGGUUUCAGGGGCAAAUUUCUGAUUCUUUAAAACACUGCACAGACCAGUUAAAAUCUAGGCCAACAGUUUGUUCCAUUUCCUUUUGGAGCUAAUCCUAGAGUUCCACACAUACAGGCAUACAACAGACUAGGACUGAGAAAUGCAGCCCCGUAGGUGCAGAAGACAAGAUCAUGUCUCUCGUUUGGAAGGAAUGAGCCAACUAUAUAAACUCUCAGGCUGGCUUUUCUGAGGACGUCGCUCAGCAAAUACAUUGAACCUCUGGGUUAUUUUGCAAUGUCUAGAAUAUCCUCCAACUUUCUUUGAUGAUUUUGGGUUUUCUGCCCACUCCAUGCCUUAGUCUUCCAGCUUGGCUAUAAAUUAUACAUUCCCCACUGAUACAUUUUUUCUUUACAAGGUGGAAAAUAACAUUUCACAAUUUUAUAUGUAACAUUCAUUUUUAUUUAAGAGCUACCUUUAUUAGAUAUUCAUUGAAAAGAGGUUCAUUGUAAGCAAGAAAUGGGUGGAGGGAAAUGGAACUGAGUGUCUAGAAUUUCUUAUACCAAACUCCCUACACAUAUUUAGGAUAAAAAUUGCUUUGUUCCAGCCUAGGAAAGGAAAUAAACUGUAGGCAUGUCAGAAUAGGAAAGAGAAAAUGCGACGUUAAAUGAAAAUUAAAAAUGGACAGGAAGUGGAAUACUUUAAUCUACACUUCUUAAUAGAUUUUUGAGUUGUUUCACUUCUGGGCCAAGGGAAGCUUAAGCCCUUUGCUUUAUUUCUAUAGGGCACAUUCACUGCUAUCUCUUUCCUUUCUGAGAAAAAGAGUUGAUUCAGAAACAUGUUUAUUUUUCAUUGUUUCUUUACCUUGCAAAAUGGUCAUCCACAAACUCAAUGUGAUGGUUUAAUUCAUAAAUUGGUGUGUCUAAAGGCUACCCUUUUAGAGAAGGGGUCCACCUCUUUGGAAGCUGGGGGCAUUUACUGCCCUGGGUAUGUUGUUGUUGUUAGUUGCUGUUGUACGAUGCUGACUCGUGUCAAUCCCAGGUGUGCAGAGUAGAACUGCUUCAUAGGGUUUUUAAGACUGUGAUCUUUCAGAAGCAGAUCUCCAGGCCUGUUUCCCAAGGAGCCUCUGGAUGGGUUCAAACCACCAACCUUUCAGCUACUAGUUGAGCAUUUAACCAUUUGCACCACCCAGGGACUCUGCCGUUGUAGCCCUGUGUUUGUUUAAAACUGUGAGGUUCCCAUUAGCAUGGCCAAGGCAUGAUUCUGUUGACUUAGUUAUGUUAUGAUUUUUUUUUUUUAAGUAAUGCAAAGAAGCUUUAAAAAAAAAAAAAAAGUCCAAGAAUAUUCAGGAACAUGACUGCUAGAGUGAUGUGGUAGGUCAGUGAGGGUGGCAGGAUGUUAAUUAAAUUGAAUGAAAAGCCCUGGUAGUUGAGGUGGGCACUGAGUAGGGGGGUAUGGGAGUGCUCAGGUCUAAGGAGCAGAGGGACAGGGGCCACUGCCCAAUGCCAGAGUAUCCUGUGCCCUGCCUCCCCACUCCUUUUGAUAUGAAAACAUCCGUGAUACUAGAAGAGAUUAAAAAGAAAUUUACAUGCCAAAAAAGUGAGGUUAAUUUUCCUGAAAGGCAGCAAAGAGUAGUGUCAAUAGCACCCAGGGCCCAGCUCUCCUGCUGGCUAGCUCUGUGGCCUUGGGCAAGCCAUUCAACCUCUUUGGGUUUUAAUUCUACGCUUUAUAAAAUGAGAGAUUUAGAAAAUAAAAUAAAGGUUUCUUCCAGAUCUUAUAUUAUAUAGCCAGGCAUUUCCCGUCACUUCUCAUUUUAAAAAAUUCCAAGUCUAUAGAAAGACAGAAGAAUUGGACAACAAACAUGCAUAUACUCUUCACCUAAGAUUCACUAAUUAUUAACAUUUUGCCACAUCUACUUUAUCCUUCUGUCUUUACCUAUCAUCGACAGAAGAAAUACUGGAGGAAAUAUGUACGCGUAUACACAUGCCCUGGUGGCGUAGGGCUAAGAGCUCAGC